AUCAAUAUAUAUCAUGAUGUUGUUCGUCUUUCACAAUUAUGCAGUGCUCAGUUCAUUCCACUGACUCGGUGCAUCUGGCAGAGAGCUGAAAUCUUUGAAACACUCAAAGAAGUAAAGUUACAUUAUACGUUGCAGCGACGAUUACAGAACUGAGCAGUUAUUGUUGUUAGUUGUUGUCUAUACCCGGCGCAUCAUGUGUUACAGUUUCCUUCAUUUCUUCGACUUUUGUUACAAAUUAAUUUUUGGACCUCCACAGAAGGAAAAACCAAGCGGUCCGAAAACCGCCGGCCAUCAUUCAGGUUACAAACAUGUUAAAGAUAUUGGAGUAGAGUGUGAUCUAUUUAUCGAAAAAAACACCAAGCGCCAUCACACUGAUGAGUAUAUAAACCGUUCUUUGGUUUUACGACGAGGUGAAUUGUUCUUUCUGGGGAUGAAAUUUAAAGGAUUAACCUUUUCAGGGAUUAUGCAUGUGAAACUUCGCUUCAGCUUGGAACGUGAAUACUUGAAAUCAAACAAAAUGAAUGUAGCCACCAUUGGUAUAGCAGAUGACAUUAAUUACGAAGCAUGGGGAAUGGUUGUUGUUGAGAAAGAUCAUACAGAAUGCAAUAUUGUCGUUAAAGUUAUGAUUCCAGUGACUGCAGCCAUUGGAAGAUAUAAAGUCAGUGUCUUACUUCCUUCAUCAUCAUCUUUUGUAUUUUUAAACGAGUUUGAAAUCAUCGCUCUUGCAAAUGCAUGGAACAAAGACGACGAUGUUUAUCUUGAGGAAGAAGAGCUGAGAGAGGAAUAUGUUUUAAACGAUGUUGGUAUGAUCUUCCGUGGUAAUGCGAGUAAUGGUGUGCGCGGAAUUAGUGGAACACAUUGGCAAUUCGGGCAGUUUGACGAAAACGUUCUAGAUUGUGUUUUACUGCUUUUGGAAAAAGAUAAACGAGUUGAAAAACAGCCUCUGAGGUCAUAUCGAAACCAAAACAGUGUCGUGUGGUUAGCCAGGAUACUCUCUGCCGUGCUAAAUUGCCAGCAAGAUGAUGGUCUAUUGGUUGGCAAUUGGUCUGGAAACUAUAAGGAUGGAAAGGCGCCAUCAAGCUGGCUUGGCAGUUCAGAUAUAUUCAGAGAGUAUUACAAAACUAAUCAACCAGUGAAAUAUGGCCAAUGUUGGGUAUUUUCUGGUGUCAUGACCACAGCGCUAAGAGCUUUAGGAAUACCUGCAAGAUGUAUAACAAAUUUCGAUAGUGCUCAUGAUACCGAUGAAUCUAUGACAAUAGAUGUUAUUGAAAGUGAAGAUGGAUCACCAAUGGAGGACAUUUCUAACGAUAGCAUUUGGAAUUUUCAUGUCUGGAACGAAAUUUGGACGAGAAGAAAAGACCUACUGGCCAAAUAUGAUGGAUGGAAUGCAGUUGAUUGUACACCACAAGAAUUAAGUUCUCAAUUGUUCCAGAUGGGACCUGCUCCACUGACGGCCAUCAGAGAUGGCGAAAUAUUCGUUCCAUAUGACACAGGAUUUGUUUUUUCUGAAUGUAAUGCUGAUUAUGUGAAAUGGAUCGCAAGCAAGGAUGAGAAUGGAGCUAUCGCCCUGGAAGAGGCGAGUUAUAGAAACAAGACAUACAUUGGGAAAUAUAUCAGUACAAAGAUGGUGGGAGAAGAUAAGCGUGAAGACAUCACUCAUCUCUACAAAUAUUCCGAAGGUUCUGACGACGAAAGGACAGCCUUCCAAACUGCUUUUAAGUUUGCCCAAGGUUCGGAAAAUAGAAAGGCGCUUUUGAACAAAAAGUGCGAAGAAAACGAUAUUGAAAUUGAUCUUGUCAUGCACCAAGGCCAAGGGGCAAUGAUACAAAAUGGCACAGAUAUCUCAUGCACAGUUCAAGUGAGAAAUACUGCACAACGAGCCUCAACAGUCAAUAUGACGGCCGUAAUCAGUACGAUAGAGUAUACAGGCAGAAUAAAAGCAUUGGUUAAGAGAGUAAAACUGGAAGAUUUGAAAGUCAAUGUCGGACAGUGCGUAAAACGUGAGUUUGUAGUGAAAGCUGAUGAAUAUGUGAAAAAGCUCUCGGACCUUAACUUCAUGAAAAUUGUUGCCAUUGCAAAAGUUCAGGAGACGAAAAAGCAGUUUGUGGAGGAUUACAAAAUACAGCUUUUUCAUGCCGAAUGUAUUUCUGUUAAGUUCUUGGACCCAGUAGAAGCUGGUCAUUUAACUCGUGUGGAAAUAACAUUCACCAAUAGGCUGAAUGUUAACAUGACCAACCUCGUUUACAGUGUGAGUGGAAAGGGGCUUACAGUGCUUCAGGUCCAGCAAAGUGGAAAUGUCGGUAUUCUCGAGGUGGAAAGAGUGAUAUUCAGACUAAUACCAUUUAAAGCUGGCAAACAUACAUUGUGCGUUGACAUCGAUAGUGUGCAGGUGAAAGAUUUGAAAUGCUUCGUGGAAGUACAAUGCUAUUAACUUUUUCCUUUUUUAUAUAAUAUUUAGAUAUAGCAUAAAAUUCAAUGUAUACCCAUGCAGUGAGAUAAAAAUAAUUGUUCACACGAUAUCUUUUGAUGGUAAUAAAUGGUAAUUCACAAUGGCCAA